ACACUGGUCACUGAACAAUGGGCAAUGACCGGUAUUUACUGUUCUAUAACCAAGAUUUCUAAGUUACUUCUUGUCAAGGUUUAUAGAAAACCUUUGUCUUUUGUUCUUUAUUACAUGCCAACAGUUCUUCUUUGUGUUUUGCACUUUGGUGGUUGGCAACUCGUCCAGAAGCUAUGCCACGUCUGAUAAAUUUCAUUUCAUCAUUACCUGAAUUCUGAAUUACUCGAAGAUAUUUAAAUAAAAUGUCACAAUCGCAUAAUAUAAUGGGGUUCUCCGAGUUAUUGGCCUAUUACAAUAAGAUGUAUCAUAUAACCGAGGAAUUGGCGUUGAAGACUUUAGUGGACACAGAAAUACCAGUAUAUAGUUCGUUCAUUUACCUCACGUCUGAGAACUGCUAUGACAUAAUAAAAAAUGAAUUGGACGAUUGGUCAAAUAUGAAUCAACCAUUGCCUGAGAGAAUGCUCCUCAUUUAUUUGUUAUCCGAUUAUAUAAGCUGUGGGUUUUCUAACCCAAGUUUAUAUGCUACUUUUAAUACAACACUUAAAACAAAUAAAUCAAAAAGGACACUAUUAAAAUCAUUAGUGUCAAUUUGGUAUUAUUUAUUCAAGGCUUUAAAAAUAACUAGUUUAAAUAUUGAAUCGAUAAAACGUUUUGUAGUUGUUUUGGAACGCCUUUUUUGUAAAAUUUCAAAAUCAUUAAAUGACAAUUGGAUCACAAUUAAAUUUAAAGAAAUAACUGAAUUAGUUGAACAUUAUAUUAAAAAAUAUGACCAAGAACUCAAAAGUAUUCAAGCCAUUCAACAUUCUAGUGGAAAUAAUAUUCAUUCGGAAAAUUUCAAGAAAAGACCCAUGAACAAUUUAGACAUGAAUCUUUCAUCUAAUAAAUCAAAAAUACAGAAGAUUGAUGUACGGCAAAUACAAAAAAGUGAUAUGCAAGAAAAUAAACAAAAUAUUAAAAGAAUAACAGAAAAUGUUCAACCAAUAUUUGUUCAUAAACAAGUAGUAUUACUACAAAAUAACAUGAAACCCUAUUUAAACGAAAAAGUAUUUAUUCAAAAACCACAGCUAAAUGUUUUUCAAGCAAUGAUGUCUAACGCCAAAGUACAAAAGAACAAUUAAUAUGACAACUAUUCCAAAAAAAAAAA